AAUAGCAACUGAGUUUGAAUACAUAAUAUUAUUAUUUAAAAGUAUCAUUAAGCAUGUCUUUUAAACAAGAAGUUAUCCGCCCCGUUCGCAACCUUCUUCCAAGUGUUUGGGGAGAUUUGUUUCUCAACAAUGAUAAGAAAGCAGACCUUGGUGAGAUAGAACAGAUAGCCGAAGAUUUGAAAGAACAAGUGAGGAAAGAUAUAAUAGUGGCCUUAGGAAAUCAAAAGGAACAUACAAAUCUGUUAAAAUUAAUCGACACAAUCCAACGUCUAGGCAUAUCCUAUUAUUUUGAAGAAGAGAUUGCAAAUGCUCUACAACGCGUGUAUGAAGCAUAUGGCGAUGACUGGAAUGGUGAUAACAUCUCCAUUUGGUUUAGACUCCUACGCCAACAUGGCUUCCAUGUUUCAUGUGAUAUAUUUAACAAGUAUAAGGACAAGCAUGGAGCUUUUAAGGAAUCAUUAACCAAUGAUGUUGAAGAAAUGCUCGAGUUGUAUGAGGCAACAAGCUUGAGGAUACAAGGCGAAGUUGUACUAGACGAAGCACUAGAUUUUACGAGAACUCAUCUCAAUGACAUAGCCAAGGAUCCUCUUCACAACAACUCUAUUAUGUCUACCCAUAUACAGGAGGCACUAGAGACCCCUUUGCAUAAAAGGAUACCAAGACUAGAAGCGUUGAGCUACAUUCGUUUCUACGAAAAACAAGCUUCUCAUGAUGAGACUUUGCUUAAGUUGGCCAAGUUAGGGUUCAAUUUGCUUCAGUCAAUACAUAAGAGUGAGCUCAGCCAAGUUUCCAAGUGGUGGAAAGACAUUGAUGCCCCAAAGAACCUGCCUUAUGUAAGAGACAGAAUUGUUGAAAGCUACUUUUGGGCAUGUGGUGUAUACUCUGAACCAAAAUAUUCUCUUGCUAGAGUUUUCUUUGCAAAAGUGACUCAAACCACAACGCUUAUUGAUGACACUUAUGAUGCGUAUGGUACUUACGAGGAACUUGAACUUUUUACCGAAGCAGUUGAGAGGUGGUCUCUUACAUGCUUAGAUAUGCUUCCAGAAUACAUGAAACUGGUGUACAAGACUUUACUGGAUCUGUACCAAGAAAUGGAACCAAUCAUGGAAAAAGAGGAAAUAACACCUCUUUUUAAUCGUUCAAAAGAGUUUAUGAUUGAGUUUAUCAAAGGCUAUAUGAUAGAAGCAAAAUGGGUAAAGGAGGGGCACAUACCAACAACAGAUGAGCAUGCGUCAAUUGCCUUUGUGACCGGUGGUGGCGGCGUGAUGAUAUCAUCAUGUUAUCUUGGCAUGGGUGAGAUAAUCACAAAUGAGGCGAUCAAAUGGGCUGUUACCGAACCUCCUCUUUUCAAAGCUUGUUCUGCCAUUGGUAGACUCCUAAAUGAUAUUGCCAGCUACAAGAAGGAGCGAGAAAGAGAGCAUUUCCCAUCCAUUGUUGAAUGUUACAAAAAGCAAUAUGAUGUCACCGAGGAGUAUGCCAUUGACAUGGUACACAAGCAAAUAGAAGACGUGUGGAAAGAUAUAAACCGAGAGUCCCUCAUAUGUAAAGAGGUUCCGAGGCGUCUCAUAACGGUUGUGAUAAACUAUGUACGCACAUUGUACUAUUUGUACAAAUAUAAUGAUAAUUUCUCAGAAGUGGGAGAAGACAUGAAAGAUCAUAUCAAGGCUUUGUUUGUUCAUGCUAUGAGCGCUAGAGUUUUGCGUGCAAGGGAAGCUUGCUGUCCGGUUAUAAGGCUGCUUUGGGGAUCCUCGCAUCAGACUUCUCUCGCAUACAUCUCUCUUUCAAUCGUCUGCGUUGUUUCUCUUUCUCUCUCUAGAACAUUCAAACUAGGUCUUAUUUCACCGUUUGAGUUCGAGAGGAUUAUCUGGUGAUCUUGUUGGGAUUGAACCCUAUAAAGGAACAGUUGAUAAAGCCAAAACUUGCUCAGAGCAGUGGAUCCAGAAUAAGAAGUUGUUUGCACUUAAUCUUUCCCCUUGAAAGUGAUCCUAACAUCUGAUGACCCAAAGCACUGUCCUUCACAACAACUGUUGCUGAUCUAAAGACUGUUGAAGAUAAAACACUGAUGCUCAAUCUGCUGAUAUGACUCAAGUACUGCUGAAGACUCAAAGCACUGCUGGAGCUAAAACAGUGGAAUGAAGAAUCAGUAGUUUAGUUUAUCCUUUGUAUUGUUUAAUCAGUAAUUUGCAUUAGUGAUUGUAAUAGUCAGUGGUUGUAGGUUGUUAGGAGGUUAGAUGUCACUUUCAUCGUAACGUCAGCCAAAGAUGCUCAGUGGUUGUUCUGUACUAUAAAUAGAACAGUAUUCUGUACUGUUCUAUUAGCUAUUUUUGCACAAGUCAUUUUGUACGAACAAUCAAGUGAGCUCAGGCUGAGGGGGAGAUUAGUGCAUGCA